CCAUGAAAUAGCUGGAAAAAAAGUGGAGCAAAAAAUAGGUGAGAGGGAAAACAGAGAGUAGUUGGAACAUUGGAAUUGACUAUUGAGACCGAUGAUCUUGGGUUUUGGGGGAGGGGCACUAUUUCCACUACCACGUGAUUCAGGCAAUGACCAUAAAAAUUGGUUUCCGCUUUCUAAGGCGGGCCCCAGUCCGACCCACCUCUUCUCUACUGCCGUCUCUCUCCGCCACCGCUUCCUCAGCCCUCAUAUUUCUCCCCUCCUUUGCUCCGCUUUUAAGGUGACUCAUUUUCUUGCUUUUGUUAUUGGAUUAAAGGGAACAUUGAACAGACGAGGCUGCUACCUAAAGCAAUUUCACUCUUUCCAGAGGUUAGAUGACGUUGUCUCAGCAGCAUGGACCUCAUGUUUUUGUCUCUUUGAUGGAAAUUCAGGAGGACAUGAGACAGGCAAGAAAGCAGGCUCAUCAAAGGAUAUUUCUAGAGAUAAUCCAUUUCUGCAAGGGGGUUGGACUAAUUCCCUUCUUGCCAUCAAUGUGCUGCUUUAUGUUGCGCAGAUGGCCACACAAGGCAGGUUGAUGUUAUGGGGAGCUAAGAUUAAUAGUCUAAUUGAUGAAGGGCAGUUGUGGAGGCUGGUGACGUCAGCUUUCCUGCAUGCAAAUAUUGGACACCUCUUGGUGAACUGUUAUUCUUUACAUUCUGUUGGUCCCAGUGUAGAAAAAUUUGGUGGAACUCAAAGAUUUUUUACCAUAUACUUUGCCUCUGCUAUCACAAGUUCUGCAAUGAGUUAUUGGUUGUCUGAAGCUCCUGCUGUUGGUGCAUCAGGAGCCAUUUUUGGACUGGUUGGAUCAGUUGCCGUGUUUUCCAUCAGGCAUAGAAGUCUUCGUGGUUCCGGCGCACAGGAUUUGAAGCAUAUAGCACAAGUUAUCUUGUUAAAUAUAAUUAUUGGGCUUUCAUCCAGCGGAAUAGACAACUGGGGCCAUUUAGGAGGAUUCCUUGGCGGAGUAGCUGUCUCAUUGCUUGUUGGUCCUGCUUGGACUUAUGAUUCCACUACCAGAGAUGGCCGUCAAGUGUUCGUUGACAAAGCUCCCAUCUUCUUCUUUAACCGGAACAGGUCACGCCCAUUUUAACUGACAUUGUAAUUAAAAGAAAUUUCAAGGAUUUUGAAGAUUUUUGCCUUGUUGAUUCCUUUUAAGUUGUGUCGUCAAAUAUUAACGCAUCCAAGUAUUAUUAAUGGUUCUUUUUUCUCUUUUUAAACCCUUGUAUGGUUCUUGCCUUCUUGGUAAGCAUGUUGUAUUGAUGAAUAAAGUUGUAAUUCUUUAUUUAAUUCUCUAUUUUCAGA